AUGUCAAUCUCGUCUUCUGGUUACGGAGCUAGAGCCAGUAUCACCAACCUCAAAGCUUCUAGACCCAAGCGACUAGGACAAGGUCUUCAGGAAUUGCACAAGAUCGAUGUGCAACGCUUGGACAUGAGGUUAACCAGUCAAUCCACGACAAUCAUGCUUCGCCAGUCGACCUUCAAGCAACUGCCCAGGUCCUUUGGAUCCGCGGCCAAAGCCGCAACACGAACUCCAGCUUCACGCCGAACCUUCCUGAGCCCUCCGCGAAGCCAACCCAAUGAGCACCUCAACCGCCUUGACGUCAACAAGCUCUCGGAGCAACAGCUCAAGUAUGCCCGCAACCGCCGCGCCUUCCUCUGGACGGGGCUUUUCUGUAGCGUCAGCUCCAUGAUCUACGUCGGCUACCUCAUCAAGCUCGAGCUCAAGAAACCCAUCCAGGCCGAUUCCAGCCUGCCUUCGACCGAUCCUCUCGCUGGCACCAACGCCGCCGAGCGCAAAGUAGUCUUGCGCGACGAAAAAGGCCACGAACUCGUCCCAACCGGCAACAGCACCGUCCCAACUUUCCCGCGUACGCUCGAGCUCGGUAGCUUUGAGGGGGCCAUCGCCCCCGGCCCCUCCGCCUCGGGCUUGGCCCCGACAAUCACCGGCCCCGACCAGACCGAGUACACCCUCGUGGGCUUCGGUCUGCGCACCGUCACCUUCAUCGGCAUCCAGGUCUACGUGGUGGGCUACUACGUCGCCACCGCCGACGUGGCCUCGCUGCAGUCGGCGCUGACCAAGAAGGUCAACCCGAUUGCCACAACGCUCGUAGCCGGCGAGCGCGACCAGCUGCGCACCGAUCUGCUUGACCCCGCCAAGGGUAAAGAAAUCUGGGACGGCCUGCUGGCGAACGGAAUCCCUGCGCGGUCCGUCUUCCGUGUGAUUCCCGUGCGCGACACCGACUUCCACCACUUGAGGGAUGGCUUCGUGCGUGCCAUCCAGGCUAGGGCUGGUAAGGUUGGGGACGAGCAAUUUGGCGAGGCGAUGAAAGACUUCAGGCAGAUUUUCAACCGCGGAAAGGUUCCGGCAAAGCAAGAACUUCUGUUAAUCCGCGACGGAGAGGGUAAGUUGAGCGUUGUGUAUGACGAUGGCGGCAACAAGAAGGAAGGGAGGCCGGCAGGGAGACAGCUGGUUGGCACCGUUGAUGACGAGCGUGUCUCACGUGCUUUGUGGCUGAACUACUUGGCUGGUAAGAAGGUUGCCAGCGAGCCGGCGAGAAAGAGCAUAGUCGAGGGCAUCAUGGAGUUUGUGGAGAGGCCGGUUGGAACCAUCGCGGCCCAGGUGGUAUAG